CGCCUCCUUCGUCUUCCCCAACCCCUUUCCCAAGUUUAUCCGAAUUGCCCACACCCACUUAUAUAUUUAUAUAGUUAAUCACUUACAACAACAUAUAGUCAUGUCACAACAUUCAUCCAGAUCUCCAUCAAUCUAUAACGAGUUUGCACCCAAGACAUGUAUAAUCAUUAGUAAUCUCCACAAGAACGACUUUAUAAUAGUUGACUCAAACACACCACAAUUGUUGUCCAAGAAGUUAUCCUUGGUUGAUCAAAUCAAAUUGAGUGUGUUGAACAUAAAUGAAACUCCUGAUUUCAUUGAACAAAUCCUGUAUUGGUCAAGUUUACCCUUUUUGAACAGAAUAAUCAUCAUAUUCAGAGACGAACUGGCAGCUUCAAUUGCUUACAAACAUUUGACCCAGGGUGCAACCAGCUUGCAAGGCUUGUACCCAUACGUUAAAGUGGCCUUGCAAGAAAACUUGUUACAGAGAUCCAAGUCCACCGACAAUUUAGACAAUGACAACUUGGCCGUGGCUAAAUCGUUGGAAAAGUUCAAGAACUUCCAUAAUGACCCCGACAACAUUUACAAGAAUUAUAGCGAGCCCGAACCCCAGCAGUUCAAUGUAUUAUUAGAUUUACCUAAACUAGGCAUAGAUUUGUCCGAUUACAACAGUGAAGAGCAAAUGGAAGAGUUGAAACAGGAUGAAUUGCAAAGCAGAUCGUUGUCACCAGAACGACCACCAGCAUUGAGAAGAAGCUCUACCAAGACUUUAUACAAACCUCUGUUGCAUUUGAAUACUGAAUCGGCUAACAAGACUCACAGGGCUAGUGAUUUUGCAACUUCUCCUACCAUUACUUUGGAUGAAACUUUCUAAUUUGAUUAGUUAAUACAUAUUGAUAGUAG